UUCAAGACUUCUAAAACUGCAAUGUGAAAAGUGAAGCUGGAUGACAAUACGAGAGUUAGAACAUAAUUGUCCUGCUCAUGUUCGUAUUCUAGUAGUAUCGUUCCUUGUUGGGUUCCAGAAAUGUCCGACUCAGAAGGAGAGGAAUUCUCUGGUGAUGAGAUCGAAGACGACCUAGAUGAAGAGGAGGAUGAAGAUGAGGAGGAGGAAUCAGAAGAAGAAUCUUAUGGCCAGAAGAAAAAGUCCAAAGCACCGCGAAAUGCCGGUUUCAUCUUAGAUGAAGCAGAGGUCGACGAGGAGGAAGAAGAAGAUGAAGAUGAAGCAGAGGAUGGUUUAGAUGAUCUGAUAGCCGAUCGAGAUGCUGGCCGGGGUGAUGAUCGGAGAACACAUAUCAAAGCAGACAAUGAGUUACACUUCGGUAAUAACUCUGAUAUGCACCAAGCAGAAGAGUAUUACAUGAAGAAGUAUGGGUCCGCAGAUUUGGAUGAUGAUGAUAUGCCAAUCUCAGGCAGUACUGCAGGUCCUAUUUCACAGCAAAGUUUGCUGCCAGGAGUCAAGGAUCCUAAUUUGUGGACAGUGAAAUGCAAGCUGGGCACAGAGAAAGAGACAGCAUUACAACUUAUGAGAAAGUCUAUUGUGAUGGAAGCCAAGGGAGAGCCUCUGCAAAUCAAGGCGGUAGUGUGUCCAGAAGGUCUGAAAGGAUACAUCUACAUUGAGGCGUAUAAACAGUCUCAUGUCAAACAGGCCAUUGAAGGUAUUGGGAACUUGAGAAUGGGUCGGUGGAACCAGCAGAUGGUGCCAAUUCGUGAGAUGACGGAUGUAAUGAAGGUUGUAAAAGAGAUUCAGACGGUAAAACGUGGACAAUGGGUGAGAUUACGGCGGACGAUGUACCGUGAUGACAUUGCUCAGAUUGACUAUGUGGACAAUUCUCGGUCUCAGCUGGUUCUGAAACUGAUACCACGUAUUGACUACAACAAGCCACGUGGUGCUGCGAAGUCUGCAAUAGAACCUGAAAAGCGGAAGAAAGGUGGCCGUGCUCCGCAGAAGCCCUUCAACGUGGAGAACAUCCGUGCCAUUGGAGGUGAUGUAAACAAGGAUGGUGACUUCUUCUUGUUCGAGGGAAAUCGCUACCGGAAAGGAUUUUUGUACAAAACAAUGACAAUGUCAGCUGUGAUCAUCGAUGGUGUUAAGCCGACGCUCGCGGAAUUGGAGAAGUUUGAAGCAGUUUUGGAAGAUACAAAGUUAGAAGUUGGUGCUCAGAAAGAAGAAAACUUGGAUCUUCAGUUUGCCGUGGGUGAUCCAGUUAUGGUCGCUGAAGGGCAGUUAGUAAAUCUAGCUGGUCGUGUCUUGGCAAUUGAAGGAGAUCAAGUAACCGUCCUACCCGUUCACGAUGAUUUGAAGGAAGCAUUAGUGUUCCCUGGUAAAGAGUUGAAGAAGCAUUUCAAAGUCGGAGAUCAUGUCAAAGUUGUGCGUGGCAACCAUGAAUCCGAGACAGGAAUGGUUGUACGAGUGGAGAACAAUGUCGUCGUGCUCUUCUCAGAUCUUAGCAUGAAAGAGCUGAAAGUCUUACCAAGAGAUCUGCAGAUUGCUGCUGAGCGCAGUACUGGCGUUGAUCAGUCUGGCCAGUUUAGAGUCGGCGAUUUGGUCCAACUCGAUGCGCAGACAGUCGGUGUCAUUAUCCAGGUGGACAGGGAACAGCUUCAUGUCCUCAAUCAGACUGGAAAGGAGGUUACUGCACGAUCUCAAGCUGUUAUCAAGAAGAACUGCCGCAAUGCUGUAGCGCUGGAUUCUGAACAGAAUGAGUUUCAAGUCAAGGAUAUGGUAUCUAUUGUUGACGGACCACACUCGGGAAAGCAAGGUGAAGUCAAGCAUCUUUUUCGGAGUUAUGCCUUCAUUCAAGUUCGUACAAUGGUGGAGACAGGCGGUAUCAUUGUCGCACGAACGCGUCAUGUUCUUUUGGCUGGUGGUCCUAAAAACAUGUCGCGUGGUGCCAGUGGUGCGUUUGUUGCCAUGUCCCCACGACUAUCCAGUCCAGCACAUCCGAGCAGCGGUCGUGGGCGUGGGGCUCAACGCGGUGCAAAUGCCGGUGGUGGUCGAGGACGAGGUGGUGGUAGAGGUGGAGGUAGAGGUGGUAGAGAUCAGGAGUUGAUUGGAAAGACCGUUCGAAUCUCACAGGGAACCUUCAAGGGUUACAUGGGAAUCGUCAAGGAUGCCACCGACACUACAGCUCGUGUUGAACUGCACGCCGACUGUAAGACUAUCACAGUCGACAGAAGUCGUUUGUCAACUGUUGAUGCUGUUGGUGGUGGUUCCACGCCACACUACUCACAGACGCCAGUGUACGGUAGCCGCACGCCCAUGUAUGGCUCACGCACACCCAUGUAUGGUGCCGGUGCAGCCGGAUCUCGUACGCCAAUGUAUGGUUCACAGACGCCACAGCAUACACAGGAUGGAAGUCGCACGCCUCAUUACGGUGAAGGUGGUCGUACACCAACGCACGCACCUGCCUGGGACCCAACGCAGGCGAAUACGCCCGCAAGAGCCGAUGAGUUUGACUAUUCGUAUGAAGGUAGUACGCCAUCACCACAGCUCGGAUAUUCUGUCAAACCCGCAACACCAGGUGGUGUUUACGGUGGCCCAGCUACGCCGUCAGGUUACAAUGCUGAUACGCCAGCACCGUAUACACCUGGAACACCGCAGGGAUCCAUGUACGGUACUGACAUGACCUACUCGCCGUACACUGCGUCUCCUGCUUCGGCUAACACUCCGUACGCUGUGCCGCAGUCACCAUCAACGUAUAAUCCACACACACCGGGUUCUGCUUUGGAAGAGGCUGCUACUCCUGCCAUGCCAGAUUGGCUUGUUGCUGGUGUUGAAGUCCGCAUCAGUGACUCAUUCAAGGAUGCCCAGUUGUCAGGUCGAAACGGCGUAAUCAGGCAGCACACCGGUGCCACCUGUUCUGUACACGUGUUUGAGAAAGGCUAUGACAUUGAUCUACCCGUCGCAGCUCUCAAGCAAGUUCCUCCUUCCAAAUCAUGCAAGGUAAUAGUUCUUCACUGGGACGCAGAUGUAGAAUGUAGAACCGGCAGUCUACUGAGCAUUGACGGUUCUGACGGUGUUGUCAAGAUGGAUGAUGGCAAUCUGAAAAUCAUUCACCUCGACUCCUUGGCAAAGUUAGCGGACAGAUGACCCUCAUGAUUCCUCUAAGGCCUAAGGCCUUCUCUCCGCCUUUCAAUAUGUGUGGUCUUGAGCACAGUUUGUGUCUGUGUGUGUCUAUGUGUCUCAUGGCAUACAUUCUCAAUUGAUACAUACGCUCUCUCAGCAAACGCAUGCAUUACAUUGCCAUGAUAUAUGUAAGGUUUCAUGCCAGUUCACCACUCACGUGUCUUUACUACUCAUACUCGUACUCUUCAGUCAUCUUCAGAAGCAUCAUCAUCUUUCAUAUGUUUUUAGUUAUUCUCAUAAAACAGUUGAACCAUAGUGUGUAGCACGAAAUGUGAAACUCAACAGUAAUUCUAAUAAACACAAUUCAACCCAUUCGUGGGCACUACGUAAUGCUGACUUACUCUUUUUCUUUGCCAUAUUACUUUGCUGUCAUGUGCUACCAUGGUGAGGUGUGCAAGCAAGAGUACAUAAACCCUGGUAUGCACUCUUGGUGCAAGUGGA